AUGGGUGACAACUGGCUUAGCAAGCAAGUCCAAGGCUACGUCGCCGGCGCGGGAAAGGUGGCUGGUAACAUUGUCUACGGCGUAGGCAAUGGCGUUAACAACGUCGGUCAAGGCAUCGGCAACAGUAUCACCAACACAACACGCUACUGGGGCCAGGGUGUUGCAGGAUAUGGCAACAACAUCAAAGAUGCCUCUCACGCGGGAGGUCCUCGCGUGCCUACUGGUGGAAAUCCCCUCGGCUUGAGUGGUGCUGGGUCGAGCAAGACUCUGAUGCCUGGAGGAAAGCUCCCUCCUGGUAGCCAGCAACGCAACGCUGGCAAGGGUAGUGCUAAGAACCCUCUGGGUAUCUAG